GUCGUUUCCAUACUAUGCCCAUUCAAAAGAAGUAUGUAAUGGAUAUACAUCUGAUCCUCCAUUUCAAAUUUCUCCAAGUACUACGCGAUUGCGCCCAUGUAGGUCGUUUCCCGUACAAAUUGAUCCAAUUGCUAUCUAUUUUCACACUCGACACCCUAAUUCCCGUCCACCCCCUCUCUCCCUCUCUCUCCGCUCACCUUCUUCCCUCUCUAAAAUCCCCAAUUCAAAGUCCGAUUCCGAUCGAAGCCUCAUCAAUCAACAAAAAGGUACUCAAAAUUCUCAAACCGUUGCUAAAUUAGGAUUGAUAUUAUGUAAUUCUUCUUCCUCUUUGUUUUUUUUUUAUUUAUUUUUCAAGAAUUAUUCUGUAAAAACAUUUUCCAUUUUAGUUGAUAUUAUGUAAUCCAACUAAAUUAGGAUACUAAAUAUGUUCCAUCUUCGUGUAAAAACCUGUUCCAUCUUCGUGUUCAUGGAUACUAAAUCUGUUUUUGUAUUAGUGGAUUGUUUCACGAAUAAAAAUGGGGAAGCUGAGUUAUAUCAAGUAUCACAACCCAACAGCGGUGGUGAUUGUGGCAAGCAUGGUGAUCAAGACAAUGGUAGAUACAGUUGGAUUUUCCCCUCAGGUCGUGUCUUGUUAAGUCAUUGGUUCAAGUGGAAGUUAUAUAUGUUGUUGCCUGUAUGGGAAAGCGAUUUGGGAACAGGCACCUCCACCAAGUGGUUGUCUAUGGGACGUACUUUUGACCCUCAUCACAAGUUAACAGGUAAAUUCAAGGCCCCCGAUUCACUGGAACCAUGUGGAGCUCUCAUUUCUGCCUAUGACAACCGUUAUUACCUUGCACAGCCAAGGGUCCAUGGGGAGCUGUCGAGCCCCUUUCAGUGUUAUCAUCUCGGUUCUGACACUUGGAAAGAUCUGCCAAGAAUUCCCCCCGAUCUUUGUCAUAAUUUACAUGACACUGUAGCUGGUUAUGCAGUCUGCAGCGGUCAUAUUUUGGUUUCGAUUAGCAACAGAUUAUUUGCCUAUCAUGUGCAUGAGAAAAAGUGGCAUUGUGUAUCUAAACCCAACAUGUUUUUUGGUAUUUCCGGUAGGGCAGUGGUUUUAGGCGACUAUAUCUAUGAUGUAGAUUCAAUGUCUAGUCUGGUUUGAGAAAUUACAUUUGACUGCACUGACUAUAAUCUGAGCACACAUGUGUUUUUGGAAGGUUUGACAUCUUUUUGUGAAUGAAAAUCAUGGAUUUGUGCAUGAAAAUUUAUGUGGUGUUAUUGUUGUAUCUGUAGGUGCCCUGUAAUUGUGUUUUUGUUUCAUGCAUGUUCAGUUUAAGAAAUAAUGAUAGUACUCGUGCUCAGUUCUAGGU